AUGGAGGUAAGUAAUUUUUUAUUUCGUUUUUAUUUAUAUUACUUUAGAUCCAUCCGGGUUAUGCGACCCAAAACCGCAUCGAAACCAGCUAUCGUCAGACACAUGAAGUCGAAGCUCUUCGUGUAAUACAUUUGAAUCAGCUUUGUACUGAUUUGGUGGCGAUAAAAGAUAAAACAAUGGAUCCAGUGGCUUAUGUUAGAUAUGUGAUGGCAUCUUUGUUUGACAACUUGGACGUAGAUCUUUGUCAAAUUGGACCCAGAAAUGAUAGAUCACACGAAGAUCUGGCUCAACGGCUUAGUUGCCUGAUUGGAUUUGACUCUACUAGUUUUAAAGUGAGUGUUUUUCUUUUGUUUUGAAGUUUAGGUGUUGGAUGAGAUGGUAUCGAUGAAAUCUUGAUGCUACCCGUAGAAUUUUGGGCUUUUUUUGGUUUGAGUAGAAAGAAUGCAGUAAUAGCUUGAUGUGGCUGUUAAAUUCAAUGGAUCUACAUUUGUUUGAGACUUAAAUUUAUGUUGUUUUAGAUGAUCAGUUCAUCAAAUAUGUUAGUAUUGAAAUUUUCGAUAUUUUUGAAAAAAUCAGUAUGCUAAAACACUUUCAAUAGUGAGAACAUUGAAUGAAUCUUCCAUUCGACUCAAAAUUUCCUUUAUUUUAAGUUAUUUUCACAUAAAUUUACCUUAUUUUAGACGAUCAUCUCCUCACAUGAGUUGAUCGAAGAAUUCGUCGACAGAUUCAGUCGUCAUGCCGAGAACAGUCUCGCAGAUCCCCGACAAGCCAACAACUCACUGUACAUCUGGCUUCUCAAAGGCUAUCUGUACCAUUUGCUCCCCACAACACCGGAUGCCAUCUCAUAUGUCAAAACCGCGAACUGGUUUCGAAAAAACUACCUGGCCAAGAAGCGGGAGAAGUUCACAACCCCGUUUCGACUGCUCAAAGACGAGGUCUACAGUGAGCUGGCUCGAACCUUCAACGAAUCCGAUCUGGACGAAGGGAACGUCUAUCUCCGGCUGUUCCAUUUCGUCGAGCUCCUCUUGGUGAACAUGACCUCCCUUUCAAUCACCCCCACCCCAGCACAAUUGGUCUCCAUCUCGGUGUUGGUUGAAUACUACGUGCAGUUUGUGCUCGCAGACGGAGGCGACAAGGACGUGCAGUUGCUGAGGAAUCGCCUAAGGCUAAACCAUCAAUUUGCUCAGAUUUUGGCGCCGUUUUUGAAACGCAACCUGGCUCAGAGCAAUAUUGACAACACGUUUUUGAUGUGUUUCGGUGAGAAGUUUGGAUAUUUGGGGGAAAUUUUUGGUUUUAGAGAUAAUUUUUGGUCAGACCUUACCUAAAGUAAUAUAAAUUUUUGAAUUUUUGGUAAAAAUAAGAUGCAAAAUCAUGUUUGUAGGAAAGAUUGAAAAUGAAGUUAUGAUUUUUAUUGCAAAUCAUGUUUGAUUUUGCAAUUUUUUACCUAAAGUAAUAUAAAUUUUUUGAAAUUUUUGUCUAAAUUAAUAUUGAAAAGGUCAAAAAUAGGCUUGAAAUUGCUGGUUAAGUCUAGAUUUUCACUUGGCUUCUUGAUUUUCACCUCAAAACACCAUGUUUUGUCGAUUUUUACCUAAAGUAAUAUAAAAUUUUUGAAAUUUUUGUCUAAAUUAAUAUUGUAAAGGACGAAAAUAGGCUUGGAGUUGCUGGUCAUGUCUAGAUUUUCACUUGGCUUCUUGAUUUUCACCUCAAAGCGUCUAAUUUCAUCGAUUUUACCUAAAGUAAUAUAAAAAAAUUUACCUAAAAUAAUAUAAAAAUUUUCCAGAAAUCGUCGCAAAUCUCCUCUACCCCAGUCCAGACAUCUGCCAGAACGAAGAGAAGCUUCGAAUCUUUGUGGAAAUGAGCACAUUUUACUUUGUCGACCUUCUCCAUCUGAUAGUUGAGAAGAUGAAAAAUUCGAAUGUGGAGGUGUUGCUCACAAUGAAUGUCCUUCCGAUGUACACAGAGCUCUUCAACGCCGAAUUUGUCCGCAUUUUAUGCGCCCUCCGGCUAAAUGCGACCGAGUUUUUGGAGCCAAUCGAGCAAAAGUUGAAAAUUUUUGUCACAGAACCCGAAGAAAUUGUAAGAAAGGCGGUGAAAGGCGGUUAAAGUUUUGUCAAAAUGACAUGUAAAUAAUUGAUGUUAUCUUUAGAGCCCGGACGACUCGAUUUCCCAUCGAAUCAGCUCCUUUAUGAACACGAUAAUCCCCUCGGACGACGACUGCCUCAAGUCCAGAGCCAAACUGUUCCUAAAAACAAUAUCAGAAAGACUCCAAAGCCCAUACGCUGUGUACCCACCGGACCAUACGAGAUCUGAGAGGCAGUCCGCACCUCCGGAGGUAUCGAUCAACUCAACGGCAGCUACAAGUCUAGAUCAAACAGCUGGAAAUAAGACCCUGGAACGGUCAAUAUGGAUGAAAAAUGCGGUCCCGGAUUAUAUCACGGAUCCGUGGACCCAGAUGUAUCAUCUCACACCGAAAGGAAUUGAUCAGGUUGGUUUUGGAAAGGUUUUGGGAGGAUUUUUGAGGUGGUGAUUAUAUUGUAGUAGGUAAAGUGAGGUAAAAAUUUAGUGCAAGUGCAGAAGAGGGAAUGAGGGUUUGGCUGGCCUGAAAAUGAUAGAAGAGAUAUUAUUUUUUAUUUUUUUGAGCUGAAUUGAUAUUUAUCGAGGGGUUUUGUAGCUGAUAUUACACUAGGUAAAGUAAGGUCCUAGAUGGCUGAUGGGUACUCUAUUAGGUGAAAUUAGUAUAUUGACGGAUACAAAAUGGCCUGAAGUGAGUAUGAUUUGAUUUUUUAGAUGGAAAAAUUACUUUAAAAAAAGUUAUGGGCAAUUAUAUUACACUACCUAAAGUAAGGUCCGCGGAUAAUUUAAUGGAUCCCAUUGUUGAGGAAAUUUGUGCUAGAUGGCUAAAAUAGCUUGUAAUUACUAUUAGUAAAUAAAAUUUUGCAAAAUUGUUAAUGGUUUUUGCAAUAUUCGAUAUUAUCCAUGACGUUUUCAGGUCAUCCGACGAGAAGCCCAAUUCGACUUUUCCCGUUUCAAAAACCGGCUAAAUCUCCAUCGACCGAGUCGAUGGCAAUGUAAGCCCGUCUAUGACUACCUUUCCCACCUCUCCGUGAAGCUCUCCCGACAUCCAUUGGUCGUCAAACUGAAGCGGUUAUCCAAGAAUGAAGUGGUUGGGCCGAUCGUUUCCCUCGCUUUACAACCCGCCUCUCCCGUGAAAGGAGUCCCAGUGUACGGGAAAAACAUUCCACGACAACCUGAAACCAUCAAUCUCCGAUUUUUUUCGUAUUAUCCAGUCCUCUUGAUUAUAAUAUUAGUGAUUUUUAAGGUUUUCACCGCGUUUUUACACACCCUUAGGGUACUCUGA